UAAUAAGAACAGUCGGAUAUUGAAAUUUUGGGUGAUACAAAGCUCUCAACUCAUUUCAUAAGAAAAAUUAUUUAUUACUGAUUUAAUUUCCCAAUUAUCAGUUUACCCAAAAGGCGCAAAGCCUGUAGGCAGACUAUUGAAUUAAAAAUUAAAAUUAUCAUAAAAAACGAAGCGCAUGGUAAAACGUCUAUUAGCCUAACGUUUUCAAAAGUAUAUGAGUACAUGGAACCUAUUUCCAUUAAAAAUGAAAUUUUCCUAAAGGCAAGAAAUUAGUAUUCUGUCGAAGAACAGGAAAUCAUUUCAAUAAAAAAAAAAUCAUUGCAUCUAGUCGAUGAAGAGGAAAUUUUCCCGAAGAAUUUUUCCCACAAAAAAGUGAUUGGAAUAUAUCCCAUUCAAGCUGUUACGAAUAUUGUAAAUAUCUGUCAAACAACCAGCCUUAUCUAAUCUGCUUCGAUGAUGUCAUGAGCAUUUUGUCUUGGAAUGCAAGCAUCCGUGCAUAGCGAAUGCCCGUAAAAUAACGUAUUUCGAAUCAAAGUAAACAAACUGGCGAAGGACUCUGAACCCUGAGAUAAGUCAGUUUCCUCAAAUGUUUUGCAUCAGCUGCUGGAAUUCAUCUCUGGAAUGUCAACAAGACGAGACCGUUUAGAGUUCUCGUCGUGCAGCUGCGAAAAGACUAACUUCUCAGCUGUGUGUAUAUUAUCGUGUUUGCUGAAGUGAAUGGUGAUAUACUAGUAGGUCUGUUUUAUCUUUUGAGAGUAAAGUGGAAACAAUUCAGCGGAAGUGGAAUUAUGUUUUCUUCGUUUUCUGUUGCACGUGAGAGGACUGCUUUUCUCUGAGUGGAAGUUUUUUUUUUUUGUCCUCCUGUGAUUGAAUUUUGUUUAUGUAAACAAAUUCUAUGAGAAGAAGUUAUUCUGUUUUUUUUUCGUGUGAAUUUUGUGAGAACACGCCAAUUUCCGCAAUUUAAAGAAUUGAAAUUCAAAUUAGGUUUUUAUUAAGAUUUAAUUAUUGAGACAUUUCUAGAAUCGUUCUUAGAAAACGAGUGCAAGGGAAAUAUUCCAUGAGGAAUCAAAACAAGUGUGUUUUAGAAUAUCCAAUACUUUAAAUGUAUCUUAUGAUUCUGUUUUUUCAUUUUACCGCUUGCAAUUUGAAAUAGUUGAAUGAUCUUGUAUAUUUUUGUGGACAUUAUUACACCGUCCGUAUUUAGUCAAAGAAGUUCAUCAGAUGAUUUGAACUGCCAAACGCUUGGCAUUUUUUGAACUACCAGCGAAAAGCAUCACAUUUGUUUUGAGCGGUCCUUUACAGUGACCGUGCAAGCAUGUGGACCCUAGUGACCUAUGUCCUGCGGCCUUGUUGUAGCCGGUACCUCGCGUAAGGUUGAGGUCAUUUCACCAUGGGAUCGGAUAGACUAUACAGGGAAGUUAUCGGCAGGCUGAAGAUGUCGGAAGGUCGGCAGAGCCAAGUGGUUCUUCUCGACGAACGUCGCCUCGACAUACUCAUCAAGCCAAAACUGUAUGCCGGCGAACUUUUAGACAUGGUUGCUUCGCAUUUCAGUCUCAAAGAAAAGGAAUAUUUUGGCCUCGCCUACAUGGAUGACACGGGGCAUUACAAUUGGCUUCAGCUGGAUAGGAGAGUUUUAGAACACGAAUUUCCAAAAAGAUCUGCUCAGACAACCCUCGUGCUUUAUUUCCGAAUAAAGUAUUUUGUAGAAAGCAUCACUCAUCUUAGAGAUAGUUCCACAGUUGAAGCUUUCUACCUCCAAACGCAAUCUCUAGUCUAUAAUGGUGUCAUCGAAGUGAGUAGUGAUAAAGCCUUUCACCUGGCAGCUCUAGUCCUCCAAGCAACUCAUGGAGAUUACAGCAGUGACACCUUAGCAAAGCAGCAGCUAAAGAAAUUACCCGUUUUACCCACGAGCACGUUAGUGGAUCACCCUUCUCUGACUGUUUGCGAGGAACGAGUUUUAGAACAGUACAGGUGUUUGCGAGGACAGUCCAGGGGAGCAGCUAUUGUCAAUUAUAUGAGAAUAGUUGAAUCGCUCCCUACCUAUGGAUUUCAUUACUAUGAAGUAAAGGACAAAUCUGGUAUUCCUUGGUGGCUUGGUAUCAGCUAUAAAGGAAUCUGCCAAUAUGAUCUCACAGACCGCAAAGUGCCCAGAAAGUUGUUUCUCUGGAAGCAAUUAGAGAACCUCUAUUUUCGGGACAGAAAAUUUUCCAUAGAAGUCUACGAUCCAAAGAGGGUAAGUGCUUCAAGAAAGACAUUCGGUCCUGGGAAUAUAAGCGUGUAUGUGUGGUUCGCCAGCAGUCCUUCCCUCACGAAAUGUAUCUGGUCCAUGGCCAUAUCCCAACACCAGUUCUACCUGGACAGGAAGCACAGUAAGGGUGCCCCCUCCCCCUCUCGCAACCUGAGCGACAUCGCAGACGAGCUUUCCCACGGUUCCUACUCCACGGAGACCUCUUCUCUGGGUAGAAGUGUCAGUUCUCUCAGCCUGCCCGCGCUCAAGCUCGACAGCGAUUCCUGUGAUGAAACACUGGAUACUGUGGAGAUGUUCGUUGCUCUGAAGGCCCGCAAAGAAGCCCUCGAGAAAGCGCUCCGCAAGAAGUGUGAAGAGCUGAAAAAGAUAUGCCUUCGCGAAGGAGAACUAACGGGAUCACUUCCACCGGAGAUGCCUCUGAGUCUUGGGGAACAAAUUCCUGUCAUCAAGAAGAAAGUGGGAGCCCACGCUCAAGACCACGCGCUCUGGAGGAAAAAGACCAAAGAUGAAGAAGAACUCGCUCGACUAGAGUUAGAGUACGAAAUUCAAACCAAAAUUGUGAACGCCGCGUACAAACUUCUCAACGAUAGCUCGCUCAAGAAAAAUAUUCGCCGCCAAAGAAAGCUUUCGCACCAGAAAGCUGUCGCAAAGAUGAAAGAAAUCGAACAAAAAUUGGCGCAUUUCAAGAAGAAAGAAUUCCUCUCGGAUGAAAAUGUGUAUCAUUCUAGUACUGAACGUAUGAUACAAACUACUAGUGCCAAUCUAAAAGAUCUCUCCAUUACUUUUUCACCAACAGAAAAUGAAAAAGAAGGUGCCAAAAAUAGUUUCAACAAAAUGACUUCCUCUACCUCCUCUCCCGUUCCCCUGCCCAGCAUGCUGAGCUCCAACUCUGUGCCGUCCAGCCCCUCUAACCCCCGCCAUGCGCAGCGCACCGGUCUCGCAGCAGAGAAGUCCAUCAUUCUGAAGCCCGAUCUCACUCUGCAGGGCUACACCCCGAGCUCAGUAUACCAGACACAGACCACGUACCGCAGUCAGCAGUACCCCACCUUCUCCAUGCGAUCCCCUUCCACACACUCUUCGGCGUCCGGGUCGGAGUACGGCGGCAUCUAUGGAGACAGGGAUGGAGCCCUUAUAUCCCUUAUCGCACCUUAUAGGAACAAAUUCGAAUCUACUUUAGAUUUGGAUGGCUCGAACCUGUACAGCGUUCCAACGCAGCGCACAAGCCAAGCUUUCGACACUCAGGAUGACAUCUUGGCGACGGUUCCAGUUCCUCCUCAAGAUUUAGGAUUAGUUUCUAGACACAACAGUUUAGACCGUAACCGAAGGCACAGCUUCCAGAAAUAUAGGAAAUAUUUAGAAAAUAGUGGCAUGUUCAAGGAUCAAAUGCCGCAAAGAACCAGCUCCGCACAGCAAUCGCAUGCUGCCUAUGACAAUUACGCGAUGUACAAAGGCAUGUUUCCUUAUCAGGAGCAACAAACCAAUGUUUCGCCAUAUUCUAUCCACCAUCCACAUCACUACCAUCACCAUCGGCAUCAAGGUAUGAAAUCUCCUAAUCAAGAAUGCUCGGAGCAAGAUACUAAUUUGUAUCAAAAGAAUCUUAAGCUGUAUGCUGCCGAUGCGAUGCAGUUAGGAAAACAGUAUCGGAAAUCGCCAACGUCUCCUCCAGACAAACUUUGGCCGGAAGCACCUGACUCUAAAAGUAGAAGCCAGAGUUUGAGUCCGUACAGUUCUGGACUUCUAUCACCUGCUAGUAGUUCAGAAAGAAGUUGGACGGAAGGAAGGAGUUCCAGCCAAGGUGUGCCAACAUCAGUUUCGGCAGAUGCUUUGAAAUCUCACGUGGACAUAGUGCAAUACGGUCAUGUUCAACCCUACUGGGAAGAAACAAAGCCCUACGAGACUGCGGACUUUUAUAAAUACAGCACAAAACAUCGUAAGCAGCAUCAAGCAGCUAGUCAGAGUUUACAGGCAAAGCUCCUGGCUUGGAAAGCCAGCCAGUCAAGUGGCAUGCAGCCUCCACCAGCCAUGUCACCUGUUCUGGAGAGAUCAAGGACAGCCUCGCCAGCUUGUUCCUCAUCUAAUAAUGGCCAAUCAACGUCAGCGGAUGAUGACCAGAAGGUGCCGUCUGAUAAGCCGAGGCAAGAAGGCAGUUCCAGUCAACCCGCAGAAAACACAGACCAAAAUGUGACUUCAGAUACUUUCCAUGAUGAAAUCUUAGAUUGGUUCAGUAAGCAAGAAAAAGGAAAGAAAACAACAUUAGUUUAGCCAUUCAAGGCUAACUUGUCCUAAAUGAGCAAAAAGAAAAUUCAUUGUGUGUCAAAAAUCCCAAGAGGAAGCUUCCUUCUCAUAUUGAUCGAACAAAAUGACCAAUACAAGAUCUUCCUGCUAAUCUAACUGCAUUUUCCCUUUCACGAGUUUAAAAAAUUCCUAACAUCAGAAGCAGAAAAAAAAUAUUUUAUACUCCAUUUCUACCUGCUUUUUUAAUGAGAAAAAAAUCCAAGUCACAAUGUAUUUCUGUGAUAUUGAUUUGUGACAAAUUAAGAGUUAUUUUUAUCAACGUUUUUAGUGUUUUGUCUGAAAAACAUAUCCUUAUUAUCUUCAGGACUGAAAAGUCCUGAAAACUUUUUCUUGUAAGCUGUACAGUUUUUGUUUUGUUUUUUAAUUCUGUGAUAUUAUCAAUGUAUUUUUUCUUCCUUUAGUUAUUUUUGUCUUGUUGAGCUUUGUUUAUUCAUAUUAGUCAUUACACAUAAUUAUCCAUUUUAAAUUGACUUUUUAUUGUAUUAAAAUCCAAACUACUAUGGCCCAUACGACUUAAUUAUUUCUUACUUUGUCAUAAGUUUGCACAUAUUUCAGUAUAAUAAUGUUAAAAAUCAUGAUUAACUUACCAGAAGGAUUUCAGAUUGAUGAUUUAUAGUUAUUAGGUAAAUAUUUUCAAGUAUGACAUAUCAGUUAAGAAAUUUAGACAAAAAUAUAUAUCUCAAUAAAUAUCGAGGAAUUUAGCAUUUUUGAUUGAAAUAGGUCGAAUUUUUUAAACUCUAAAGAGUGCCUAUUUAUCAAUAGUCACCAAUCAGCAUCUAGAAAGUAUGGCUUUGUAUUUGUUUGUAACAAGACAGAUCUGUUGCAUUUAUUUUGCUUUGUAUGUCAAUGCAAGCUUUCCAGCAUGUAGCUAUAGUACAAUGGAAAUCUUAUAGGCAUGAACAUGCACAUGUUAGGAUUUCCUAUGACAUUUGUAUAGUUGUAAAUAUUGUAUAUGGUGAACAUGGUAUAUCCAUGUCUGCAAUAUCCAGUCUGUUAUUAUGUAUUUUGAAAAUUAUGUACUUACAUAAAUAUAUUAAUUGAUUUAACAUUGACUGCAUUUGAUAUGUUUUAGAUUUGGCAAUGUUUUAGUCGGUGUGUAUUUGUUGUACGAUUCAUCUGUGAAAAAAAGCAUUGCGUAUAAUUUUAAAUGAUUCUGGUCUUUUUUGUCCUAAAUAUUUAUUUAUUGUUAUGAUUAAAUAGAUUUAAAAUAUUAUGUUCAUGAGUGUGACAUACUUAUCAUGUUGAACAAAAUUAUGAAAUACAAUAAAAUUCUAUAUCUUGUGUGA